AUGUCAGGGGACCAGGCAGGCAAGACCCGGGGCUCCACACAUAUCACUGUGCAGAAGAUUUCCUACAGGUGGACCAUCAGCAACUUCUCCUUUUGCCUGGAAGGAAUGCGGGACACCAUUUUCAGUGGGACUUUCUCAUCAGGAGCCAAUGACAACCUGAAAUGGUGUUUGAGAGUUCACCCCAAAGGCAUUGACAAAGAAAGCAAAGAUUACAUGUCAGUUUACCUGGUGUUGCUCAGGAGUCCAAAGACCCCAGUUUGGGCAAAGUUCCAGGUUUGGACUAUAAAUGCGGCAGGAGACAAAACUCUAGGAAUGAGGAGCCCACGAGUCCUUAAGUUUCUUCCUGGCGACAACUGGGGAUUCAAAAUGUUCAUGCCAAGAGAUCUCCUCUUGUCCGAGGCAGAACGCCUUCUCCCUGAGGACCAUCUCACCCUGCUCUGCAACGUGAACGUGGUCCAAGACACCUAUAGCACUUCUGAAGAAAACUCAAAGCCUGCGAUAAAGGUUCCAAGGUGCACGUUUACAGCUGAUCUAGGGGAGCUGUGGGAGACUUCCCGCUUCACAGACUGCAGCCUGUUGGUAGGUGGUCACGAAUUCCGGGCUCACAGGGCCAUCUUAGCAGCUCGCUCUCCGGUUUUCAGCGCUAUGUUUGAACACGACAUGAAGGAGAAGCCACAGGACCCAAUUGAGAUCCAGGACAUGGAGCCUCAAGUCUUCAAGGAGAUGAUGGGAUUCAUUUACACGGGGAAGGUGCCAAACCUCCACAGCUUGGCCCCUGGUGUGCUGGCGGCUGCUGACAGAUAUUGCCUGGAGCGCUUGAAGGCCAUGUGUGAGGACACCCUCUGCAGAGACCUCUCAGUGGAGAAUGCUGCUCACACUCUCUUCCUGGCUGACCUCCACAGGGCUGAGCAGCUGCGAAUGCAGGCCCUGGAUUUCAUUACAGUUCAUGCUUCUGAGGUCUCUGAGACCUCAGGGUGGAAGGAAAUGGUGGAAGCCCAUCCCCACUUGCUGGCUGAAGCAUUCCAGUCCCUGUCUUCUGCACAGGGUCCUUGGCUGGAGCCCCCUCUCAAACGCCUGAAGCGAUCCUAG